AUGGCUCAGCAGAAGGUUGUGUUGAAGGUGUUGACUAUGACUGAUGACAAAACAAAGCAAAAAGCUAUAGAAGCAGCUGCAGAUAUCUUUGGGGUUGAUUCAAUAGUUGCUGAUGUGAAGGAGCAAAAGUUGACAGUGAUUGGUCAAAUGGACACAGUGAAAAUAGUGAAGAAGCUGAAGAAAGUAGGUAAGGUAGAUAUUAUAUCAGUUGGACCUGCCAAGGAAGAGAAGAAAGAAGAAAAGAAAGAGGAGAAAAAGGAAGAGAAGAAGGAGGAGAAGAAGGAAGAGAAGAAAGAGGAGAAGAAAGAAGAGAAAAAGGAAGAGAAAAAGGAGGAGAAAAAAGAUGAUGCUUCUAAGAGAGAGAGAGAGAGAGAGAGAGAGAGAGAGGAUGUGGCUAGGAUUAUUUCUUGA